GUCGAAAGACUGGGAGUGGCACAGCAGAUCAUCCGAAUAUUUGCAUCGGGCGAACAAUUGCAAAUAUGUCGUUGUCCAGAGUCAAGAGAUUCCGAUGCUGUCCCGGUCCACCAACUUUCGACAAGAGCCUCUCAGCUCUCCAUUGUGAUUUGACUUGUAUUUUCAAAGGAAUUGGUGCGUUUAGAGAGUUUCCUCCAAGGAAAUGCGAAAAAAAAGUCCGAUUGCUCUGACGAAGAGGACAUGACAACGUUAUCCUUUAAUCGGGCCAGUGAUCAUAUUGGCAUCUUAAUCACGUAAAGCUGGAGUUAGGGGAUCAGACUAUUGUAAUAUUAUGUAGAUAAACAUGUUAUUCACAGAUCCUCUCAUCCAUAACGAAUCCUGACGUUAUCUAACUAUCGGGUUAUCGAUUGUUGUAAUCAAUACAUAAAAAAUUCUUUGAGCCUUUACUGGGCUUCAAUGCACAGAUGUCUUUCUUGCCAAAGUCUUGGAAGACAUUAUAAUAAACUUACUGGAAAGAGUGACGCCAUUCAUCGAGCUGAACACCAAAUGCUUGCAGGAUUCUCCAGCAGAAAGGUUUGGUUAGUAUCGCUUCUGGUCUAAAUCAGUCGGAACGGUGGGGAAGCACGAUGCAGUUCAUUUUCACGAUUUUAUCAGCCUUAGUGGUUGCAGCAACGGCUAAAAAUGCCACAUUCUACAAGGUGGAAGAGGCGAUUAAAGAUCACUACAUAGUUGUGAUGGAGCCCGGAUAUGAGGCAGAAGUGAUCACGAAGCUUCUGAUGGAAGACAAUUCCGGGACUUUCAGCAAUGUGUCUAUCAAACACACCUACAAGACAGCCAUAAAAGGCUUUUCAGCCAAACUCACCGAUAAAGCUCUUCAGAAGCUGCUCGCCCGAGAAGAGAUAAAAUAUAUAACUCAAGAUGGUAUGGCCCAUGCCAUGGCUGUUGCAUCAUGGGGACUUGAUCGUAUCGACCAAAGGGAAUUACCACUGUUGGGAGAUUAUGACGUUAGAGGUGAUGGGUCGGGUGUGAACGUGUAUGUCAUCGAUACAGGCAUCUAUCCAGAAAGUUUGUACUUUGGAGGUCGAGCAACUCCUGUCUUUGAUUCCAUCGAAGACGGCAGGCCUUUUGGAAUAGACUGUAAUGGUCAUGGAACCCACUGUGCUGGGACAGUUGGAGCUAGUCUAUACGGAGUAGCACAAAAUGUUAAACUGUUUGGGUUGAGAACGCUUGACUGCGGUGGUUCCGGGUCAUGGAGUGGAAUCGUAUCAGCAUGUGAUUAUGUAGCACAAAAUGGAAACAGCCCAGCACUGGCAUCAAUGUCCCUUGGAGGUGGAGCUAAUACCGCAGUGGAUGACGCAGUGAGAGGAAUGAUCGCGUCUGGCGUCACCACCGUGGUAGCCGCCGGAAACUCCGCGGCCAAUGCAUGCGGUUAUUCACCUGCUCGAGUUAGUGAGGCUAUAACCGUUGGAGCAACAGACAUCAACGACGAGGAGGCUUCUUUCUCCAACUAUGGUACGUGUGUUGAUGUGUAUGGCCCUGGUGUUGAUAUACCAAGCGCGUGGAUAGGAGGAACAGAGGAAACCAAGACGAUCAGCGGUACAUCCAUGGCUACACCUCAUGUUACAGGCGCUAUAGCACUACGUCUAGCCAAGAGGCCAAAUCUAACACCCGCUAGUAUAAAACAGAGGGUAAUCAAAAAAUCGACAAAGAAUGUCAUCACGAAUAUCGGAAGUGGCUCUCCGAAUCGUCUCCUUUAUGCUCCCUAGAUGUGGACUAUAGAUGUCUCCAACUGGCGACCCUUACUUUUAGAGGACCAACCCAUACAGCCCAUGAAAGAAACACCGGAUGAGCCAAACACCAUACGAAUGAUGUAUUUCAAUGACGAUACACUACGAAUAAUGCAUAGGCCUACACCACUCACCGGUUACACUUCGUAUUUCCGAAGGUUCGUAAUUCCGAAGGUUCGUAAUUCCGAACCACGUAAAUUGCCUAUACCUCGAUGUUCGUUAAUCCGAAAACGAAAAAGGGUUCGUUAAUCCGAACAUUUGUGGCGUUAUUCCGACGGUUCGUUAUUCCGAAGGUUCGAUAAUCCGAAAACAAAAUAACAUUCGUUGUUCCGAAGGUUCGUUAAUCCGAAAAAGAAAUAAGGUUCGUUGUUCCGAAGGUGCUUUAAUCCGAAAACAAAAUAAGGUUCGAUGUUCCGAACGUUCGUAAUUUCGUAACGAACCUUAUUUUGUUUUCGGAUUAACGAAUCUUCGAAAUUACGAACCUCAAUUCGAUUUCGGACUAACGAACCUUCGGAAUUACGAACCUUAUUUGGUUUUCGUAUUAACGAUCCUUCGGAAUUACGAACCUUCGGAAAUACGAACUUUCUGAAUAACCGAAUCUUCGGAAUUACGAAGCGUCGGAAUUACGAAUGUAUGCGCCACUCACCAUCUGCAUAGCUCACGAGUCAUACAGCGCUAAAAUCGUGCUGCCCACAAUGCAUACAACGAGUCCCACAGUGGGGGCUCUCUCUCCACAUAGUCACACUUGCAUCCAACAACUUAGAAGUUAAGCCUAAAUCAUCCAAAGUUUCAACCAAAAUGCCGUGACGAGUGAAAUUGGCAUACAUUUAAUGGGGUGCUCCGGGCUUGAAAUAAUUAUAUCUAAAUUAAAAAGAGUAAAAUUCACAAAGCAAAAUGCGUAAAAUUUCGUCCGAAAUCUGAUGAAAACGAAAUUAUUGAAUUUCAGAGUUUAGCAAUAUUUGUGAAAACAGUUAUAUGCAAGUCGUUAUGAAUAUUCAUUAGGUGGAAGAUGUUCCAUCCCCACUUCCCUUUUUCUUAUGUUAUUACAUGAAAUCAUUUUUUUUUUCAUAAAUGUAUGAAUUAAGUUGCAGCAAUGGAUAUGUCUAAUGCAUUAAAUCAGUUGUCAAACAAAUUUUCAGUCCUUGGAGGAAAACAUUUAAAUAAACUCAUUAAAUAUUCAUGAUGACAUAGAACUGUUCUGCCGAAACAAUGCAAAUCUUUAAAAUGCUAUAACUUGUUAUUUCUUAUACGAUUUUGAUCAAAUUUACAGUAUUUUGUUUUGCUGGUUUUUUUUUCAGCCUCCGCGAAUGGUGCUGAAAAAGCAACCACUUUUAACACCCUCUAUAUCGAGGCUUACUUUUGGACGCGGAUGCAUAGACAGUUUUAAGAUUUACCCUUCCCCCUCUAUGGGCUACAAGUGUACUAUAAUAUGAAACAAAAUAUUAGCCAGUUGGAUAGAGAUAGACAACGACUACAAUUCUUGAUAUGAUCAGGAUGACUGAAAGACAACGAGGUAAUGUGUUUACUUGCGCGUAUAACCCCAUCAAAAAUAAUCUUCCUAAAUAAUCGUUUAUUGUCCUUUGAUUUUUUUUGUUACUGUUGCUAACAUGUAUAUAUGGGGAUACCUUUCAGAAUACUUUAUCAAUGGUAUUUUUUAUAUCUAUAUAUUUAUGUUUUUAUUGUAAUUCAUCACGAAUCACACUAUUAAAAAAGUUGACAUGAUACAAAUUAAGAAAUGUUGGGCAUUUCGUAGAGGUUUGUUUUAACUGUUAAACAUGUUAAAUGUCUUCGCUUUUUAAUCAUUUUAUCUAUUUUUACAAUUUGUUCAUUGUUAGAAUUUCCUAGCGAUGUAUAUCUUCUGCUUCCUAGAAUUGUUUAUUAUUAUGUUCAUAUUAAUGACAAUAAUAGAUGAAAGAACGAGUAGAAUGUGAUAGAGAAAAAUGAUGAAAAGAUUUUUUUCAGAAAAUUAUAGAUAAAUGUUUUCAUGAUCGUAUGUAGUCGUGAUUUUGGAGCUUGAUAACAUUUAUAGCCCGGUCGCUAUACGAUCCGUCUAUUACAUGUGUUUCCAAUAUCGCGUAGUCUUUUCCUCUAGAUGAGGAAAUUAUUUUGGUAAAAAUUUGUAUAAGUUUUCUUUUGAUAUAUUGUAUUGUGAGAUUUUUAUACGCUAAUCGGGUUUUAAAUGUGAUUGUGUUCAUGAGUUAAUUUGAACGCAAGUAAGUAAUCACAAGUAAGUAAUCAUAAGUCAUUAGAUGGCCCUGUUCAUGUUCAUAAUUGAAUUUAGUUUAAUUUCAUACUUUAACCGAUCAUUUUUUUAACAAAAAAAAAACGUUAAUAAAUUUCCUCAUAGUAUCCAA